AAAUAAUGGUCCGUGCAUUUUCAGCAACACUGGCUGAAUAAUAAUAUGCAAAUAUGGUUAAAAGGAGGGUUAGUGGUGUACAGAUGUAUCGUUGGUUUAGCUUUAAGUGCUAAAAUAUGGCUAAAUGUUGUUUUGGUCAGCGCUGGCUGUGAUUACUUCAAAAUCAGCCGUUACCGACCAUAGACAUGUUAUUGACAGGUAUGAACUAGUGCUAAGCUUUCGUUAAUAAUACCAAUAAAAUGUGUUUGUUAUGUACGUUAUGCAAAAACACGAGUUGCUGACUCGCUGCAAGGAAUCUUUUUUACACGACUCAUAUAUCACGUUGGAUUCUUAUGAAGAUGCGCGCUCAAAGACAAUUUUAAAGCUAAACUGGUCAUGGAAUCACCAGUGGAUGCUAAUGGAGACCAUCCUUCGGGGAGUCAACCUCUUGAGGGAAAAUCUAUCCAGCUGGACCUAGGAGACGCUGAAGACAAACCCAGAAGUAAUGCUAAUAGCAUCACAUUGAAAGACCUCCAAACCCAAAUAGAAGACCUCCGAUCAGAAAGUCCCCCAAAGUCCAAUGAGUGCCUCAAAUGGUUCCCCUUCAGAAUGCACUUCAAGUCUGUUGCUACGGGAUACCAGGAUCAGCUUGACUUCCUCAGGGGACUGCAGCUCUACCUAAGGUCAGAAGAGGAGGGUAAAGAGGUGGUGACAAUAGAACUGCUGGAGGACAUUUCAUCGCGUUGUAGAGUCUGCUUUCCACGCACUCCUUCUCUUUCAUACUCAUCUACUUUGCCUCAGCCGGACCUCAUCAAUACAGUUCGAGAUGAAUCAUCUAUUGAGCUCCAGACAGUUUGGGAUGAUGUGCGUCUCCAGCUGCGCCGCCACCUGCUGGAUCGGCUGUCUCCUCACAUCUCAGAGCAUUCAGGACCAGGCAGCACUUCCUCUAACCCAUCCAUCUCUAAACGGAUCUAUUGUCUGCAGCAUCUGUUCUUUCUUUACCCUGAGUCAGAAGUGCUCGCAAAUUAUCAGACCCUGAGGUGCCAGUUCACAGUUGCUCUUCUCCACUCCACCCUAAGUUCCAGUGCGAGUGGUGAGACCGGCUUUGACAGACUCACAGUGGGCUUUCACUCUGUGGCACCCCUACUGUCCCAGGCCCUGAAGGAGGAGAUCCAUGUUCUCUCACACUUGGUGGAUCAGCACAGCAUCCUAGGCUUCCUCAGCGCAGCUUACCUGGACACUGUAGCACGGGAACUGGCCUCUCUGAUGGAGAGAGAAUGUGAGGCUGCUCGAAGAGACAACACUGCAGUCACCAGCAAGAACAGGAAAUCUUCAGCCAAGUCUCAACAGUUAACAGCACCUGUAGAGCUUUUCAUGAAAAGCAGAACUUUCAGUCUAACCUCCCACCAGCUGAGGGCAUUAACUCAACUGGCCUGCACCUUGCUUCAGUUUGAGAGCACUAUAAAAGAACUGACCAAGAAGAUGACCCAUAUCAGUUGUACUGGACACCCUCCCUGUGUUAAAGGCAUCUCCAGAAGAAAUUCCAGCUUAGAUGUGACUGGACAUAACAAGAAAGCCCCAGUAACAGCACAGUCACCUCAGCAUCUAGAGGUGCAGUUUCUGGAGUUUGACUGGAGGUUGGCUUUUAAGGGUCUGGUUCCUCAGAUGGCUCACUGUGUUAAAGUGGUACUUGAUGAUAUUUGCACCAAGAGUCUACAGCAGGAGGAGGCCUUACAUUCUGCAGGAGAAACCUCUCUGGCCCUCAUACUCACACAAGAUCUAACCACCAGCAUCAACAGCAAAUAUCUGAGCUCCAAGAGAGAAACACCCAAUAUGAUAGCUCACUUCUGUGGAGCCGUCAUAAAGGAGCUCAAUGCCUUACUACCCUUGGCAGCAGCCUGCAGGGACAGCUCUCUGUUGGAGGUUCGAAUAACGUUUGUGGAAGCGUGUAGCACCGCUGCGUUUGCUAUGUUGGACCGUGUUCAAGAGAGAGCCAGUGAGGUACCAUCCUCAGCCCCCCUGAAGAACCUGCCUGCUCUGUUGGCUACUGUCAUUUACCUACACCAGCAGAUGCAGCACUACCACAUCAAACUCAAGGAUUCAAAUACUGCUGUGACCAAAGUACCCCUGACCUUGCUGCCUAUUCAAAAGUGCCAAGAUGUAGCAGAGACAAUCAGAGAACAGCUCACUACCUACUGCAUCCAGGUCUGCUCCACUUGCCUUCUACAGGAUGAGAGUCACCACUGGGAUGACCCCAAGCCCUUCCAUGAGGGGGAGCGGUGUUCCUUCUCAGUGCAGAUGUGGUAUUACUUCCUGUGUGGGCUCCGCAGUGAUCUGUGGCCUGUCCUUCCUGCGGCGCUGUCUAAGGAGCUGCUGGGGAAUGUGCUGUCAGAGACUCUACAGUUACUGCUCCAAAGAUACGCUUUGGCUCGGCCCUCAUACAAGAGACACCUGCGGAUUAGGUGUGACAUCACUGCAGUUCUGCUUUAUGUGGAAGAGCUGAUGUGGAGUGUCUGUGAAACUCCAGAUGCCUUGGCACACAUCACUCCUUCAUCAGAGACAAAUGCUAAAAUGAAUUCCCCAAAGUGGCCAAAUGCUAUCCACAAUUCAUGCAAUCGACUCCUCACCGUGCUCAUUACUGUCACUUCACCUCUCUCUUCUUUGUAUAGAACCUUUGUCAAUAACCCUGGCUCUACUACACAGCCUGUUGACAGCCCUGUUGUCCGAUGGCUUAAUGCUAUUGACCCUGACCUCUUCACAGAACAAGUCAUGGGUGAAGGCCUCAAGGACCAGGCAGCCUCUACAUGUCAGUUAAGGUUGCUGAUCUCUGACCCUGGAAAUGAUCCCAAGAUGCUUCUCCGGAUACUGCUGUACAGAGACUGUCACCUGCCCCGAAUACUUCUGAAAAACUCUUAUUUUUGGCAGGAGGCUGAUAUUGCUACAUCCCAAGAAAACUGUAAGGCCAGAGAUGACUUCAUGACUGCGUUGUUCAACAUUUUAAUUUGCUUAAACGGCGCUCCAAAGGCCUUGACUCAGACUCUUGAGCCGUACAUGGUGAGGGCACAGCUCUGGAAGCAUCUCUUUACACUGGCAGAUACUCCCCAGUCGGCACCAGUAGUGAUCAAAUGUCUUAGAGAAAGUGUCAUAAAGUCCAUAAAUGACCUCCUGGUACAUCUGGUCUCCAUGGGGAUGGGUUGGCAGGCCAUGGCUGAUCCUACUGCGGAGCUGAACCAGUGGGACAUACCAAAGUGCCUCCUGGCUAUAGUACCCAAGGAGUGGAACUACACAUGGGAACCAAAGGGAAAAGAUAAAUCUCUCAUUGCCUUCAUCAUCCAAGCCUUGUCUCUAGUCUUCACCAGCCUGCCCCAGGUCAUUGAAGCUCUGCCUCUCCCCAUUUGGUUACUCUUCCAUGAGGCAGAAAAACACCUCUCUCAGUAUGCCCAGUCACUCCGCUCUGCAGGCCUUUUGAUAUGGGCUUUGCUGGGCUGUCUCAUCCAGAGCAUAGAAGAACCAGAGACAUUAGAACAGAUCACUGGUUUAGCUCAGAACCAGCAGGCAAUAGAGAGUUUGUCACUAUUGGCAGAAAGUCUAAAGGCGGCCAUAGGGGUUCCACAUAAGGGUGUACCCAAACCCAUCAUUCAAACUGUGCUGCAGACCAUGGAAGACAAAAUGCCUAACUGGAUAAACAUACAACUUCUGAAAGCUCAAAAACUCUGUUCUGAAAGUGUAUUUGAGCAAAAGGAGAGUGGAGUGGCUGGGGCUGAACUGACUGAGCAGAAAAUAGGCCUGAUGCUGCUGGAGGUCUGCCACAAAGCAGGUGGCAGCGACUACCUGAGGCAGAUCUAUCACAUCAUCCAAGGCAAUGAGGAUCUGUUGAUAUCUAAACUAUGUGGACAUUCAGACUCUUCACUGGUGAACUUUGCAUAUGGACAAGAAAACCAUUCAGACAUGCCACAUUUUAAUCCCCUCUACCAAUUUGACCGUCUUGGAAAGAAAAAACUUGAGCAGAGUGCGCUUGUCGACUGGGCAUGGGACUGGCCAAGGCUGCUGCCAACGGCUCAGGGCAUGAGUGAGGUCACCUUCAAAACUCUGCUGGCGAACAGGUGGGAGAUGCGAGAUGAUGCUGAGUUGGAUGAAGAAGAGAGAACUAUGGUUGAAGAACUUCGACGAGUGUAUUUUGUUUACAACAGUAACUCGGGACAACGGGAUCUUUCUGAAGCAGUCGAGGAACAGGGAGAAGACGCCCAGGGGGAAGCGCUACCAGUCAAUAAAAGCACUGCCCAAUAACUGUCCAUGCUGCUAGGAUUUUUACUAUGUUGUAAAUGUUGCUUUUUAUACCAAGUCGCAGCUCACAAACUGGCAAACCACCAUUUGGUCUGCAAGUGACAAGUUGGUGUAAAGAAAAAGAAGAAAUCACCAACAGCAAACAUGAUAGACACGUAGCUUCCCUUAUUUUGCACCAGCGACAAACUCUGGUUUCUGCGUUUUCACAUUGCAUCAGACAUAUCUCAUCUUUGUGGAGCACACCUCCUGAAAUCAGUUCUGGGAAAUGGUGAGCGUGGAUUUGUUUGCCUGGGACAAGACAGGACCGUGUGAUCUUAGGAAGGAGUUGAAGUUUCUAGAGACUUAGCGAUUGUAAAAAUACAGGUGUCAGCAGACUUUCUCCUGCUUCCUGAAAGAGAACUUGAAA